UUCAUCGCCUUGCCCCUCAACAGUAAGCACCUUGACCAUGUUGUUGUCGCGUGUAAACCAGCUGUCUGUUGGGGUCCGAUUUGUUUUAUGCGACCAUGAAAUUGGUUGUGUUGUUUCGUACCGUUUUGACGGGCUGCUUUAACUCUCCUUGUACAAUGGGAUGAAUACUGCGUUCUCAUGCUGGUCCCAUCAUUUCCUCACCAUGACGAUCUUUGCUUCGUUCCACUUUCGUCGCUUCAGGCGUCUUCUCCACCAGGCUCCACUCCUUUGAAACGAUUGGACAAGACCCCUCUUCUCUCCUUUGAUCCUCUUUGCAACCCAGCACAACCAUGUUCCGAGGUGCCAAUAACCUUUCGGGCGUAUCGGAAGAUCGUCUCGAGUCUCUCAAGAGACAAUUCAGUGAAGAAGGCGACACUGGGAAUGGUCUGAGCUUGAGCCUUCAAGAUCAGUACAAUGAGCACGAAGCCGAGCAACAAGCCGCCAAGAGACAGCGCGGAAUGAUGGCUCCCGAAUUCAACGCGGGUGCUAUGGGAGUCAUGAAUGCCAUGAACGCCUCGGCCAUGGGAGGCAAUCUUCCCAAUGGUGUCGGUGGUGCUGCCCCCCAAGCCAAUGGAGCGUUGCCGGGUGAUGGCACCAACAACGAUGACGCGGCUACUCCUCAUGGCGAAUCCUCCGCCUCCGCUCCUGGCAUGAACGCCAUGAUGAACCCCGCUCUCAUGGGUGCCAACGGCGGCAUGAUGGGCAUGAAUGGGAUGAACAACAUGAUGGGCUCGCCCAUGGGAGCUCCCAAUAUGAACAUGAUGGGUGCCCAACAGAUGCAAAACAUGAUGGGUGCGCAACAACAGAUGCAGAACAUGAUGGGUGCUCAAAUGAUGGGCGCUGGUCAGAUGAUGCCCGGCAUGAACCACAUGGCCGGGGCUGCUGGUCCAGCCGCCGCCAUGAAUCAAAUGAACAUGGCCCAGCAAAUGAACAUGGCGGCUCGCGCAGGAAUGCUAGGUGGCAUGCCUGGUGCACCUGGUGGCAUGGAUGACCUGACGGCUCUCUACCUGAAUGCCGAUGCCUUUCAAGAUCCCCGCACCAUGGGCCUCCUCGCCAGUCAACGAGGAGGAUUGGGCCUUGCCGCCAUGCAAGGAUCCAUGGGAGGCUUCUUGCCCGGUGCCAUGGGAGCGGCCGACUACAGUCUGCUCGGUGGAAACCCCUAUGCUGGAUUGGCCGCUGGAUUCAAUCCGGCAGCAGCCGGAGCUCCUGGUUCCGCGGGUGCGGCCGCCAUGGGCUUGCCCGGACGCCGAGCCCAGCUCAUGGCGUUGAUGGAUAUGGAAAACGAACUCCAGCAACAGCAGCAAGAAGCUUCCAAAAAUGGAACUGCCGGAGGAGGAGGAUUUCCCGGUGCGGCUGGACCCAAUGGUCAGGAUGGUGGUUGGGCAGCGGCCCAGCGUAACCCCAAUGCUGCUGCUGCGGUAGCUCCCGGUCGUCGUGAAGACCCCAAUGGAAUGGAUCAAACGCAGUCGGCUCCCACGCAGAUUCCUGAGCCACCCAUGGAUAUUCCUACUUUCAGCACGGCUUCGACACCGUCUCAUUUGCCCUUGCCGCCAGUCAUUGAGGAAGGCGCAGCAGCCCACUACAGCCAACGUAGCCACAUUCCAUUGGGAAUUGAUGAAGACAAUAACUGGUUGACCGAGUUCCAGUGCUUUAUUCGUUUCGAUCUUAUUGAAGUCGUCCAAGCCAGUCGCCACGUCGAUCAAAUGAACAAGAACGGCGGCGGCGGCAACAACGGAGGAAACGGAAACGGGGAAACCUUCCAGCAAGUCGGAGUCCGAUGUCGCUACUGCGCACACUUGCAUCCAGGACAGCGGGCGUCCCGUUCCUCGGCUUUCCCCUCGAGCAUUCGACAGCUCUACCAAUCGUUCACCAUGAUGCUCAGGGACCAUUUCGAACAAUGCUCUGAGAUCCCUGCUAUCCGCAAGAAGCUCUUCUCCGAGCUCAAGGCCAAGAACUCCCAGGGCGCCUACGACAGCAAGCAGUACUGGAUCUAUGCCGCCGAAAAGCUCGGCAUGGUGGACAGCGAACACGGCAUCCAGAUGACCGCCGACUCCCAGGCUGUUGCCCGUCGCAAGUCUCCUUUCGGCAGCGUUCCCCCCGCUACGACUGCCGCUCCACCCAAGUUGCUGGUGUCUCCCGACGACAUCCGCAUUACUUCGGACUUUUUGUACACCCUCAUGUCGUCCGUCCAGGUGGUGCACUUGAUUGACAGUGAGCGUGUUGGCAAGCGCAAGACGCUACGCGUGGGUCUUCCUGGUUUCGGAUGUCGCUAUUGCUGCCAUGUCGGUCGCUGUGGCCUCAGCCGCAUGUUCCCCUUGCGACGACGCAUGUUGCCUGGCAAGGUCAACGAGAUCUACGAGCAUGUCAAGCGCUGCACGUUGUUCCCCACCAAAGAGAAGGAACGCUUGGCUAGGCUCAAGGCAGAAGACAAGACCGGCCCUGACCAAGAGAAGGAGUUCUUUGAUCGUAUCUGGGAACGAUUGGGAGCGGAAAGCGAGGUCAAGAAGUGAGCCGUGGGCCACGAACAGGAAUGUCUUUUGUACCGUAUGAUUUGUGCAAGUUGCAUCCAUCGAGCGCCCGAAAAGUCAAGUGCGCUUCCGAAAUUGAUAUACAUAGUUUACAUGAGUAGUACCGGUAUUGCCAUUUUC